AUGCCACGCUCCGAAGAAGCAGAAUGGUGGGCCAACGCAGUCUACGAGGCCAUCCAAGAAGUCCCCCUAGGCAAAGUCACUUCCUACGGUCAUAUCGCGCGCCUCCUCGGUGAACCUCAGCGUCCCCGCCAGGUCGGGGUCUGUCUCAAGGUACUUCCGUCGCCCGAGUCUGGCUCGCACUUCAAUUCGAACACCGUCCCGUGGCAGCGAGUGAUUAAUUCGAAAGGGAUGAUCUCGCAUCGUAGUGGACCCGGCAGUGCGGAGCGUCAGGCCGAAGCUCUCGCCCAAGAAGGUGUAGAGGUUACUACAGACAGCAUGGGCGAGAUGUAUGUUGAUUUUUCUCGAUAUGGAUGGUUUCCAAGCGAGCUGCCGAGCGAGGGAACGGAUGAACAGCCAUAA